CUCAAGCAUAUUAACCUUCAACACACUCCAAAGCUAAGUUUGAGUAACCUAUCCUUAAAAUGCCAAUUGAGAUAAUUGAUCUUACAAACUCUCCUGACUCUACUCCACCACCACCUAGGUUUUCAUCUAAUACAACAAUGAUCCUUAAUUUUGGUCAUGUUUCACCCAAUCCUAAUAUGCACCACCAACACCAAACAACUUUGUUGGUACCAACACCUCCCGGACACACCUAUGAGACAGCCUCUCAAAUUGCUACCGGUUGGUUCCAACCCGGCAUGCAUGGUGGUCGAGUUACGACGCUCCUCGAACCGAUACCUGAAUCAAACAGAUACUUAUUCCCUAAUGGAGUUAGGCUCAAGGAGAAUUGGACUCAGUUAGAGCAUGACUUAUUUGUGAUGGGGCUAAUUGAGUUUGGCAAAGGGAGAUGGAGCAAAAUUGCUAGGCACUAUCUAUGUAACAAGACACCACAAGAAGUUCAAAGCUAUGCUCUUAGCUUCUUCAAGCACAUGCCAACCACAUAUAUGUAUGGUUUAAGGAGAAGGAAAAUAAUUUCAAAUACCACCUACUCUGCUUCUACAAGAAACAUUAGGAACUUCAUGGUGGAUGCAAAUUUCAUGCCUAAUAUGAUUUCUUAUAACAAUGAGCUUCCAAAGGAAACCCUCACUCUUUUACCACCAUAUGGAGGAGAAGCUAGUACCAGCAACAACACUAUUAACUAUGAGACUUUUAAGAUAAUGUCAAGUGGUGCAAGCACCUCCAUGACUAUGCCUAAUGCUAUUGCUAAUGGAGAAGUUGAUUUGGAGCUUCGUUUGGGUGGUCUAUAUUAGUGAGAUUAAUUGAGUCAUAUGUGUAAUGCAUGCAUGGACAAAGCUAGAAUGCUUAACU